CUAAAAAUAAUCCACAUGGAUUUGAAAGCAAGCAAUGUUUUACUGGAUGGUUCAAUGAACCCAAAAAUAUCAGAUUUUGGCAUGGCAAGAAUGUUCGGGGAUGACCAAAUUGAAGCAAACACGAACAGAGUUAUUGGCACCUACGGUUACAUGUCACCGGAGUAUGCUAUGGAUGGGCUAUAUUCCAUAAAAUCCGAUGUGUUUAGCUUCAGAGUCUUGGCACUAGAGAUCAUUAGCCGCAAAAAGAACAGUUUCCAAUUCGAAAACACCUCUCUGAAUUUGGUUGGACUUAUAUGGGACUUGUGGACAGAAGGAAAAGUCUUGGACAUAGUUGAUUUGUCACUGAACCAGUCGUAUUCGACUCACGAAGUUAUGAGAUGCAUUCAGAUUGGGCUCUUGUGCGUGCAAGAAAAUGCAACGGACCGGCCAACCAUGCUAGAUGUUGUGUUCAUGUUGGGGAAUGAAACGAAUCUUCCACAUCCAAAAAAGGCAGCGUUUAGCUUCAAAACUGGUGGUCCGGAUUCUUCAACGUCUAGAGGAGCUUCCUCUGUAAAUGAUGUAACAGUAACAGUUAUUGAAGCUCGUUGAGUUUGCACUUUUCAGGCCUUGUAGAGAUUUUGCAUUACUUCCUAAAGUAUUUGUACUCAAAUCAAGAUUUCUUUGUAGGUGAAGAUUUUAAAUUCAAAUUCAAAUCCUAGAAUCCAAACGA